AUGGCGCCAAGACGCCUUAGAAUGGUGUGUUCCUCCGACGCAGACGACGAACCACAGCACCACCAGCAACCACCGCAAGUCGAAGAAUACGACGACGACGAUGUGGAAAUCGAAGUACAAGAACCUACACUAAACCUUGAAACAGUAACCCUAAACUCCUCAAACCCAAACCCUAACCCUAACCACAAUUAUAAUCCCUCUGAAGCAGUCCAGCUUGAAAUCUCCGAUGACGACUUCGUCGACGUCCCCGAAAACUUCUCUCCUCCACCUACACCUGCGCCUCCGCCUCCAUCUGCACCUGCACCUGCACCAUCGAUUUCCACUCAAUAUGUCCACUCAUCCACAGCAUCGACAAUGAAUAGUUCUACCGAUUCCAACUUUGAAGCCUCUGAUUGUCCGAUCAGUGGAUUUUUACGGGGGCUAGGUCUGAAUUUGCGGAGGGAGUGGUUAGAUUCUUGCAUUCGCAACCUUGAGAGCUUGGUUCCGGGCUUUGUGAGGUUUGAUAAUGCCACAAAGGCGAAGCUCUGUUUUGAGCAGUUCUUGUAUUCGGAUAUGAACUACACUGGUGCUGGGGUGCUUCCGGAAAAUGUACACAACAUGCAUCUGGUUGAUCUGCCGGGGCCAUUUGUGUUGCAGGAGAUGUAA